AUGAGUCUAUUCGCUGAUGCGACUGAGCACAAAUUCAUAGAAGACCAGAUUCUUACACAUACUCGUGCGAUAUGGGACCUCAAGUUUAGACUCAACAUGCUGGUGCCAAUCUGUAGACUUCCUCUAGAGACACUGGCCGCCAUUUUCCUUGAGAUUCUCGCUGAAGCAGAGGAGGAGCAGAAUCGGCUACACCCUUAUUAUAGCAGCAAGCGAGCUUAUUCGUGGAUCAAAGUCUCCCAUGUUUGCCGUCGCUGGCGCUCAGUCGCUUUGGAAUGUCCCAGAUUUUGGAGCCACAUCGUGCUGACUAGUCCAAAAUGUGUGAAGGAGCUUUUGUCUCGUUCGAGGGGGGCAAUGUUAUCCGUGAUGGCCGACGUGUCCACGGGGGAUGUCAGGGGCAAGACCGAUGCGUUGACGUUGCUCUUCGAGAACUUCUCGCGGAUCCAACAGCUCCGCUUGAUCAUCCCGCAAAGCUCUCUCCAGAACAUCAUGGAACUUAUGACAGGACCUGCUCCUGUUUUGCACACUUUCAUCAUCACCCAGGCGGGCCCACAUACACACCAUCUACCAGAGACUCGUUACCCUGCCUUCUUAUACCACGACGAGACGCGUAGACUGCAGCACUUUGAAAUACGAGGACACAUUGCGACUGGUUGGAGUCUGCCGAUGUUUCCUCAUUCGCUGAGACAUCUUCAUCUCAGUAGAGGGGACGUUGUUCCGCCCUCGCCCAUGUCGGAUGUGCUCAAAAUUCUCGAAACAACCCCGUUAUUGGAGACUCUCAAGUUGGAAAGAGUUGUUUCUGGGGUACUAGAGACUGGUCAGGUUAUCGAUUUACCCCACCUUCGCUCCAUGCGGCUGGUUGCGGGGUGCAAACACAGCGCUUUUCUCCUCAAUCAUCUUUCUUUUCCCCAGGACGUAACCAUCUCUCUGAAAAGUGAGACGUACUCACGUCCCGGCGAUGUAGCGGUGGUCGCAUCGGCUAUCGCGGCGAAGAUUUCUGGUUCGGACCAGUUACGCACUUUGUCGAUAGGCCCGCAGCAUUCCGACGAUAGCUUGACUAUUCGAGUCUGCGAUACUCUUAGGUCGCUAGAGUCGUUUGAAGUUUCGCUGGGGAAUGGAGUUGGCCGCCUCGACCUUACGUUCAAUCUGCGCCUGGCCGAGGCAGCGGACGUGAUCGGAACGUUCUGCAAGCAUUGCCCACUUGUGCAAGUGCAGAACCUCAGUCUAUUGUCUACCGAUCUCGCGAUGGCAUCACAGACUCUAUGGGUCAAAGCCUUUGGGAAGCUGGAGAACGUAUCUCUACUGCAGGUCGGGGGAGAGCUGGCGCAACAUCUCCCACUCGCACUUGGCAUUCGCGAAGAGGACGGGAAUGUCAUAGUCUUCCCUAAGCUGCAGGAGCUGCAGCUGAAUGAAGUCUGGAUCGGAGCUUUUGAUGGCGAUGUUAGUCCUUUCAUGGACUCUUUCCUGGACUCCCUGAUACAGCGCUGCGAUCACGGCGUAGAAGUCCGCCGUUUGGUCCUCACGAAAUGCAUAAACACAGACAUGACCGAAGUUGCUCUCAUGUCAGAAAUUGUGCCGUCGGUUACCUGGGAUGGCAUCGAGAAUUUUGUGGAAGACGCAUCACUGGCAGAAUAUGAGGAGGAGGAGGAUGAUGACGGCGACGAACUGGGCGGCGGGUUUUUUUGGCCAGUGCCAUGA